AUGUUUCCCAUCCUGGCUCUCUGGUCUUGGAUCCCCCCGGCUCUCCCUUCCCAGCUUCCGGUUGCUAACGAGUCCAAGACCGGGAAUGAGAAUGAGAAUGAGAAUGAGAUUGAGACUGAGAUUAAGACUAUCACGGCUUAUCUUCUGGAUUUCCUUUCUCGUCUAGGUCUGACUUACUAUUCUGGAAUUGGAAGGUCAAGAAGAAAUCACGGCUAUUAUGGAGCCCCUAAGACUUCGUUCGGCUCUCGCGGACUGCUCCGCUGGGACUCCAAUCCCAGACGCCGAAACUUCGGGUUCGUCGUUUGA